AUGGAGGCCUUUGAGUAUGGACUUGACUACAUUCCUUCAUGGUCAUCAGCAUGGCCCUCUUGCUUGUUAUGCGGUAUCAUGAUUCGAUCUGCUCAACACUCCGGUCCUCUGAAAUCAUACCAGAAGGCCAUUGGCAGGCAACUCAAGCGAGCUAGUGAACAAGAUCAAAUCCUGGUUCCAGCGAAGAACGUUGAGGAACAUUACCUUGUCAACUACCCUUGGCUAGGUGGAUGUACAUUCCGAGCCACCCUCUGCGUUAUUCGAUUAGGUACUAACUACUCCUUCAUGAUAGUCACCAGCGAUAGGAAUGGAUGCUUUCACCUAAGAGGCAUCUGUAUUGCAGACUGGAGCUGCAGCGAGCUCGUCGACUUCGCCGUUGUUCCUAAGGACUCCUCCAAGGCCCGAAUCGGCCCACGGAGUGUAGGAAUACCAGUUCUUCCAGGACCUCCCCGUCAUGACCCAGCAUUUUCCCGCUUUCGACUCCGGGGAAUAAGGGAUGCAAGACCCGAGCAGCAGCCAUCUCCCGGAACUGGGUACCUGAUCCACGCACAUUGCUGGAUACUUCUCGGUCGAGAGGCCUGUGAACCGAUGCAAACAAAGCUCGAAUGGCUGGAUUUGAACAAACUCGUACAAACGGCGAGAUUAAUGCGGGCGGCAGAUAAAGAUUCUUGGACAUUCAGGGCUGAGAGGAGUCCUGCAAAUCCUCUGGUUAUCCCCGUAUUCGGACUAUUGUUGCACUCGCAGAACGAGCGGAGAGCCAAAUCAUCUGCCGUUCAGUCAAUCCAGGAAACAAAUCCGAAACAUCCAAUGAAUGGCGUACCCAUGGAUAUCGCUCUUCUGAUCGCUGAGGACAUCUGCAGACCCGAUUGCAAUAGCUGGGAAGCUACAAAUCUUAGGAACCUGCUAUCUGUAUUCGAAUGGGCACUGCCGGAGAGCUUUUGGAGACGCCGAGUUAACGAAAACGUAUUUUUCGAACUGAAGGAGCUCCGAAAAUCCAAUACUCCAGUUAAUUGGCAGCUCCUACGACUCGAAUUAAUGCAACUUCAUGGAUACCCUUUGAAUUAUCGAAGUGGAUUGAGAGUUCGAAUUCAAGUUCUUGAAACUUUGAAAGAGCUGAUGCCGGCCUAUUCCAAAGACAAGGUGGAAGAGUCGAGCCCGAGUUCCAAUCCCUGA